CGUGGCUUACCUCUCCGGCGCCGCGGUGUCUCUUCGUCCGGCAUCCCGGCUGUCAGGAAUCCGGCGCCAGAAUGGUGCAACCAUUCUGGAUGCCAGUGUCGGCAUUCAGAAUGCUGUCAGGAUUCCGGCGUCUGUAUUAUGACUGCCGGUAUCCCUCCCACCCCAUCCAGUCCCUAUUCCUUUGUCAUCCUUCCUAUCCCUGCCAACCCAUUUUACAUUUCUCCUUUGUCUUGGCCUCUCACACUACCUGCUUUCCCACCCUUAACAAUUCCUUAAUUCUUGGCAAUUAUCCCUUUCCCAUCCAUUUCUCAAUUAACCCUUUCUCUCAUCCAUUUCAGAUUACAUCGGGUUUUGAAGCCUCAUUCGGGCAAUAUGGGCCUCCUUUGGAUCCAGAAAUGGCCCUUCGCAGGGUGCCAAAGUCCGGAUUUAGACAAGACCACAACAGGGUGCCAAAGUCCGGAUUUAGACAAGUCCGCAACAGUUUCACAGACGUAUUCAUCGGUUGGCCGGGACGGUCACAUGACGCUCGAGUGCUUGCAAACUCUGAUCUGUACCGGGUAGCAGAGGACAAGCAAGGGGGCUACCUUUUUCCAAGAGAGAAAUCAAAAUUUGUGGAUGGAGUGGAGAUCCCGGUACACAUAAUUGGUGAUGCCGCCUACCCGUUACGACGAUGGCUCAUGAAGGGGUUCACCCAACAUGUCCAGCUGAGCUCCAAUCAAAUUACUUAUACGCACACCCUGAGCUCAGCAAGAAUGGUGGUUGAAAAUGCCUUUGGACGAUUAAAAGGACGUUGGCGCUGUCUUAUGAAGCGCAAUGAUGUAGACAUUAAUAUCAUGCCUAACAUUGUUGCAGCAUGUUGUAUUCUGCAUAACCUAUGUGAGUUUCAGAGGGAGGAAUUCCUCCCAGAGUGGACAGUGCAGGCCUCUGCUGCGUACCCUGCACUUGAUUGUGAGGCCUAUCUGGGCGACCAUUCUGGAAGUGCAGAACAGAUGAGGUCUGCUAUAAUGGCCAACCUUCCCUCAUUACUCCGUUCAUUUUUUUCAGUUUGUAUAUUCAGUAAAUUGUUGUUGCUACAAAAAAUAAACCUGUUUAGUUGAUGUUCUGCUACUGUGUCGAUAACAAAUGUACAACAUCAAUAUCCAAUUUGAAAUGGAUGUAUCAUGCAUUUUGUUUGUAAGUAAAAAUAGGACAAGUCCAAAGAUUAACAAAAGAUCAGAGACCUUAGAAUUUUAAUUUGUAUAAAACUUUGGUAAAUAAAGUAGUGAAAUCUUUACAGUAAUAAAAGUCCAACCAGUAAUAGUGUAGGAAAAACACUCCUAUGAUUUUAAAACCAACUUUUUUAAAAAAACAAUAACCAUUUAAGAUAAAUUACGAUAAACAGGAGACUCUGUAGUUGUCUCCGUUUCAGAAGGUGAUUGGGUGUGUUGAGGUUGUGUAUGUCGAGGAUGGGUAUAGUGAGUUGGAGUUAGUGGAGGUGGGGUUUGUUGAGGUUGUGUAUGUCGAGGAUGGGUAUAGUGAGUUGGAGUUAGUGGAGGUGGGGUUUGUUGGGGUUGGUUAUGUCGAGGAUGGGUAUGGUGUGGCGUUGGUUUAGGUGGGGUAUGAUCAUAGUAGGGGGGUACAGGGUAAUAUCGGGUAUACGGUUGAGGGUAGUUUGGUGGCACUGUGUGCAGCUCUUCAAUGCAUUGGAACAUUCGGUCAAAUAUGGACAUUUGAAAUUCCUGCAUUUCUCUCUGACGUUCUCUUGCAUCCCUAUUAUAGGUUUCCUGCAUAGAGAUCAGCUGCGUCAUAAAUGUGUUGUUCAUGUCUUGCUCUGCAAAAAUCGCUCGAGACGUGCAUCUUCUCGAUCAGCCAUGGCAGCGUCCAUCUGCUCUAAUUUCUCCACCAGGACAGUGGUCAUAAUUCUUGCAGCUUGCUCCGUUUUGUUUAGGCGGCGCCUCCUUGGCGGAACAGUAUAUACUGCAGACACAAAUCAAAUAAUAUGUUAUUGGAAUUUGCAAAGAGCUUAUAUAAAAUAGCAGUGUUCGCAAACGUGUUUGUGGCCUCCUUCCACCUACACACUGCAUAUACUCUGCAACAUUUAUCAUUUUUAAUUGUAUGCAUUUAUUGUUAAGAUUUAAUGACGUUAAUGUUUAGAGUUGUUAGUUUGUGUUUAGUUUACGUUAAUUGUUAAUGUUAGUUAUUAUGCUUUUAGGAUUGUUGUACUUACUGUUUCCACGCAAAGGCUGCGUUUGUGCAAUGGGGGCCAUUUGACUUGGCCCAGCCUCUGUGUCUUCUGGCGCAUCAGUGGUUUCAGUCCUGCUGGGCUCCUGUACAACUGGGUCAGGCAUAGUGGUUGGCAUCGGUUGCGUAUCAUCCAGUACGAGUAGUGGAGAUGGUGGUGGUGGUGAUCGGGUGUCUGGGUCCUGUGAUCGGGUGUCUGGGUCCUGUACGCUGCAGGUGGAAGCAGCACAGGCCUGUCUUGUUUCUGCUGCUGCUAUGCUGGAGGAUAAGCUAACCGGUGUUGCAAGUGCUGUGUGGCCAAAUAUGGUGGCACACUGCUCAUAAUAUUGCCACUCCAUACGGGCAGCACCACUUCUGUUUCUGUUGUGGUCGUGGACCUUAUGGAAAUUCCUUUUAAGGGCCUUUAGUUUAUUGAUUACCUGCUGGGAGGUACGGUGGAAUCCAGAGGCUGCAAGCAUCUUCGUUAUGUUUUUGUACGUGAUUGCAUCCUUAACAGUCCCUGUCAUUUGGUGGGUGAUUUCCGACUCCCCUCUUAUCCGUAACAGCUCCCUAACCUCAUCCUCACUCCAGUUUGCCAUAUUCUCCAAGCACUGUAGCAAUGCAGCACUGUGAAUGUAGUAUAAAUAAAAACACACUGUUUAAAG